CCUUUGUGGAUGGUUUGACUUGUUUAAUAUGUCUGGAAUAAUUUUUUUCUGAAGUCCUAAUGAUAGUAAUAACAGAGACGAUAUGUGUAUAUAUAUGUCUCUGGUAAUAAUUAUGCUAUGAUAAAUGGUAUAAGUCAUAAUAUAAACACAACAAUAUAGGAAGCCCUUUCAAAAAAUGUAAACUAAGGGUUAACAAUAGCUUAUACAGACUAAUAAGAACAAAUAUGAACUGAUACAACUAAAUUUGACCAGUUUGAACUGGAAUUGUCAAGCAUCAAAUUAAAACCUACAAAAGCUAUUAAAGCUUAUUUUCAGUCAUGAGAAGCACUUUUGCUAUAUACAUACAACUUGAUUGACAUUGGAUAACUAUUACUUUGGCUUUUUGUGACUUUCCUUGCAAGCAGAAGACAUGGGUGACCAGCGUCCACAUAUAACCAUAGUGGAUACAGUUCCAAUAAUUGAUAUACCUGACCACCAUGAUCAUGAUAAACCAAGAUUUAAGAGAAAUCCAGCUGCUGAUGCCAUUAUAGAUUUUGUUGCUGGAUGCAAUGGAGGAAUUGCUAAUGUCGUAGUGGGACAAUCAUUAGACACAGUCAAGGUUAAGAUGCAGACAUUUCCAACUCUAUAUAAAAAUGCUUUUGAUUGCUUCUCUCAAACAUUUCGAAAAGAUGGAAUAAGAGGUCUAUAUGCUGGGACUAUGCCAGCUCUUACAGCAAAUAUUGCAGAAAAUUCAGUUUUAUUUUGUUUCUAUGGAGUUUGCCAAAAACUUGUUAUGUUAAGUGUUGGAAAACACGAAAUUAAACAUUUAAAUCCACUUGAAAAUGCGCUGGCAGGAAGUGGAGCUGCAUUUUUUUGCUCAUUUACAUUGUGUCCUACAGAACUUAUAAAGUGUCGUCUGCAGGCGAUGAGGGAAAUGGCCACGCAAGGAAAAUUGGAAGGUGGAUUAGAGAGACUAAAAAUUGGUCCAGUUGGAUUGACAAGGGAGAUUCUACAUGCUGAGGGAAUCAGAGGAAUGUUUAAAGGCCUGACAAGUACAAUGGCUAGAGAAAUUCCAGGCUACUUCUUCUUCUUUGGAGGAUAUGAGGCUAGCAGACGCUAUCUUACACCAAAAGGGAAAACAAAGGAGGAUAUUGGUACAUUGAGGACUAUGUUAGCUGGUGGUAUCGGGGGUAUAGCACUAUGGACAUCUAUAUUUCCAACUGAUGUUGUCAAAUCUAGGAUACAGGUCAAUAGUACUGUGGGAAAGGCGGCUCCUUCAUUUUACAAGACACUCCUACAGAUUCAUAGGGAAGAAGGUAUACGAGCGCUGUAUAAAGGAUUAGGACCAUGUUUACUUAGGACUUUCCCUUCAUCUGGAGCAUUGUUUUUGGCAGUAGAAGUGACUAAAGAUGUUAUGUACAAUGUUUAUGAUAAUGUUGGAUGAUGAUAAUAAUUUUUAGUUUGAUCCAAUUUGCCAAAGAUCUGUGAUAAUAUGAUGAAUCUGAUUGUUGGUGUGGAGGAUGAUUGAUUGAGAAUUUUAAGCCUAGAAUCUCAAGUUGAAGAAAAAUCAAAAGACUUAUUUCAUUUUGAAAAAAUUGUUUUAGCAACAGGAAUCAUUCAUAAAGAGUGUACUUACUUUUUAAUUUAUUAUAAGUGCUAAUACAAAAAAAUGUAGCUCUAUAAAUGUAUUAUGCUUCAGAAAUUUACAAUAACAUGACCUUCCAUUCAGACUAAAAGUCCUUAAACAUUAGUGAUUAAGUGAGGAAUACGGGUACAUGAAAAAAGAUUGUAAUUGAUGUCAAGCCAAUAGAAGCUUUUUACAUAGAUAUUUAU